GCGACCCCGCCCGCCUGGCCGCCCGCUUCUUCCCCGCAGGCCGGGCCCGGCGUUGCCCUGGGGGCCUGGGCCGACCCCGCCCGCUCGGGCCGGGCCGCGGCGGCUCUCGGGCUCCAUGGAGACGGCGCGGGGCCCCGCCGCCUCCCUCCCGCGGGCCGGGCGGCUGGUCUUCGCCGGCUCCGCCGAGCGCGACGUGGCCUUUGCCAAAGCCUUCUGGGACUCGGUGACCCUGCGGCCCCCGCUGGAGUCCUGCCUGGGCCGCGGGGGGCCGCGGCCUCGAGAGACCCAGAGAAAUAUUGCUUUCCAGAUUCCACCAGGCAAUAACAAGAGUGAACAGAUAAUCCUGGAAGCUCAGAAAGCUGAAGAAAAAGAAAAAUAUUUUCAGAAGGCCAUGAGGAGGGAUGAAAUACUUGCUUUACUGUGGAAACAAAGAGAAGAGAGGAUUACAAAAGAACAGAUUUCUUGUCUGCAUAAACCAAAGACCAAAACACAUCAAGUAAGGGCAAAGAUAUCCGAUUCUGACACUGAGGAUCAAGAAACAGUAAAAGCCCUUGAAUAGUUUGAUUAAGUUGACUGACUUGGAGAUUAAAGUCUUUGUCUCUUCACUUCAGAAUGACAUCCUGCUAACAGGCCUAUUCUGCUUUGGAAUUUAAGCCACAUACAUUCCUGCCUUCAUUACAUUUCUAGUUCUUCCUGUUGAGACACGGGAUACUCUGCCAAAAGUUAUGGAUGCACUUGAUGGAGCAGCUCUUCAAUCUAGCCCACCUGGAAACCAUCUCAGGGUGGAGAAUUUGACCCGCAGCUGAAGAGUCAAUGGGCCCGGAAACAGAUGCACACCAACUUCCCAAUCAGGAAAUAACAGACAGUGAGGAAAAUGCAGACUCAGCAUUUAUCCCAUUAAA